ACGGGUUAAGUUAUCUCUUCUGUGAUUGGUCCACAGACAAGCAGCCAAUAGAAUUGGCCGACACUGCAGGGUGAGGCGCGGCUUCGACCAAUUGCGUUUCACCUACAGCUGGUGACGCCAAAUUUGUAUUUGUACGCACGAGCUGCUUUUCUCCUGGGUGGCUGUUAAAGAUGAUGGAUGCACUCUCCGUGGUGAGCCAGUUGCGGGAUCUGGCGUCCGAGCCCCAAAACCGAGAGGCCAUCGUGCAGGACCAGGGCUGUCUACCCGGGCUGGUUCUCUUCCUUGACCAUCAGAGCCCGGAAGUGUUGCUUGCAACUCUGCAGACACUACGCUACUUGGCUGAGUUAUCCCCCAACAUUCCCACUAUGAAGAAUGAACUUGGGAUGAUGGUGAGCCUGGAAAACCUCAUGGGAAGGGACGACCAGUCAGUGGAUGUCACCAGUUUGGCUAAGGAGGUGUAUGGAAUUCUGACCGCACCUCCUCUUCCUGUACAUCGCACACCUGAGAGAAGGAAGAAGUCACAGUUCUUCAUUAACUCUUCCUACAAGAAGGCCAAGUGUGUCACGUUACACAUUCAGGGCCUGGACAGCGCUGACCAGCGGGGCUUGUGCGAGGAAGCUCUGCUGAAGGUUCGAGGAGUCAUCAGCUUUACGUUUCAGAUGGCGUCCAAGAGAUGCACCGUGCGCAUUCGCUCUGACUUACCCACUGAGAGCCUUGCUUCUGCCAUCGCAGACACAAAGGUGUUGUCGGCCCAACAGGUGGUGAAGAAUGAGGCGGGAGAAGAGGUCUUCAUCCUUCUAAACCCAUCUGUAGCAGAGGUGCAUCAAAUCUCUGCUCUGCCAGACUACCUUCCAGAGGAGGAGGAGAGUCCUGAGAAGGAGGUGGACCGUGCCGUGUCCCGCACCACCGCCAAGGAUGACGCGAGCGGGAGCUGGCUUAACGCCGCAGCCAGUUUCCUCACCAAGACAUUCUACUGGUAAAAGACUCCACACAGAUGAUUUCAUUCAGGUUUUUGGCUGGACAACUGGAUUGGUUUCCUGUAAAUAUUUACUUUAAAUCUGUACUCUUUUCUUUAUUUUUGAACACAAAUCAGUAUUUGCGCAGAUAGAAUAAACGCUGCUCCUCAA